UGGUUUGAGGAACGGGUGGAGAAAGUGUUGCCAUUACAGCAUUCGGUCCCCUUUAGUGAAGGUGCGCGUGACGGAACAUGUGUUCUGAAUGAAGCUGAGAACAAACAACGCAAUGAGGAAUAGUCUGUUUACUUGGAUUACCGUGGUUGCGGUGUGGCUAUGGCUGCCAUAUUCCAUCGCAAAGACUACCGCAGAGACCAACACAACUAAAACACCUACUCUAGAUCAAGGGACUGUUCAAAUGCUGAGCAAUAUUUUAGAAUCUCUAGAUGCUUUCCGUAAUGACCGUUUGAAGGAUCUGGAAAAAAUUCGGCUAGCAGCUCCUCCAACUAAUGGCUCUACUGUAUCUCGUUCGGAUACCGAUGUUUAUAAAACCCCUCAAAAUAACUCCAUAUCUGAGCAUAUUAAGGCCUUAAAAGAAGGCAUUAUGGGUCAUAAUCCAGUGAAAAAGACUUUUGGAUACAAGGUCACCGUGUACACUUCUCCUAUCGGAGAGGAUGGUAAAGCAAGUUACGAGUCGGUUAGUAAUCCAUUUGAAAAUGUCCAGAAGGGCUCUCAACUGCCGAAGAAGAAAUCUUUAGAUUUCACGUCAAGUGGCGAAAUCCCAAAAGGCUAUUUAGUAGAAGGACUUGAUAAUGAGUAUCAGAUUUCUGGGGGAAACCGAGAUGAAUUAGCUUAUAGAUUAGCCCUGGAUGCCAGACGCGGUCAAAAGCCUUUGCCACGUCUAGCAUCAGGAUAG